GAGGAAUUUUUGAAUAUUGAGGGAUCUUUAUCUUCUCAAGGCCUUUUCGCGUACUCGAUUAUAGAGUCUUCUCUUAUUAGUGUUUAAAGAUACGUUGAAUCUAUGUACUUACCAAAGAGGGAAAGAAGGAUGAUUAAAAAAAUAAUUUGUGUUGUUUCUGCAUAUUGGUUUAUUUCCAUUUCCUUGGUAUUUAUAAACAAAUGGUUAUUGAGUGAUAAGUCUGUAUCGCUAAAUGCACCGAUAUUUAUAACUUGGUUUCAAUGUGCAGUUACAGCAUUUCUAUGUUAUUUAACAUCGUAUCUAGCUAUGCUGUUACCUAGUCAUGUGAAGUUUCCACAGUUGAACUUUUCUUUUAAAACGUCGAUUGAAAUCUUGCCACUGUCUAUAAUAUUUGUUUCAAUGGUCUGCUUUAACAACCUAUGCCUGAAGUACUUGAGUGUUUCGUUUUAUUUUUUAGCACGAUCACUAACUACAAUCUUCAAUGUUAUAUUUACUUAUUUACUGCUAAAUACGAAAACUUCAGCAAAGGCAUUGAUUUGUUGUGCUGCCAUAAUUGUUGGAUAUUGUGCUGGAGUAAUUGUUGAGGGUAAUUUAGGUUCUUUAAGUUGGAUUGGAUUAGUGUUUGGUAUUGCAUCUAGCAUUACUUGUGCAUUAAAUUCUAUCUACACAGCAAAGUGUUUACCAAAAGUGGAAGGCAGUGUAUGGAGACUUACAUUUUACAAUAAUCUUAAUUCACUUUUUUUAUCAAUCCCUAUUAUUGGCUUAUUGGAAUAUCAACCAAUUAAGGAACAUUUUUUUCAUACUAGUGCUUAUUUCUGGUUUAUUAUGGUAAUUAGUGGAAUAUUUGGAUUUGCUAUUGGUUACAUCAGUACACUACAAAUUCAAGUGACCAGUCCAUUAACUCAUAAUGUUUCUGGUACUGCUAAGGCAGCUGCACAGACAGUACUAGCUGUGAUAAUUUAUCACGAAAUCAAAUCAAUUUCAUGGUGGCUUAGUAAUAUUGUUGUUUUAGGCGGAUCAGCAGUUUAUGCAGCUGUUCGACAUAUAGAACAUGAACAAAAAUCUAAAGGAUCAAUGAAUUUUAAUCGAAAUGAUAAUUAUUUUACUAGUGUGGUUGUUGUUGGUAGUGAUGAUAAAGAUGUUGAUGAUGCCAAACAUGGUCUUCUCAAUUUUGUGAAUAAUGACAAUCGUAAUGAUGAAGAUGAUUUAUAUGAUGAGAACCGUGUAUUAUCUUCAUCUAAAGAUCCAUUAGUUUCAUAAUUUCUUGGUAUUCUCUUGUAUAUUGUCUUUUUUUUGUAAAGGGAUUACAUUUUUUUGCUCUCUAUGGGCUGCUUAAUAACUUGAUUUCACUGUGAUAUGAAAUAAAUGUUUAGAUUCAGUAGAAGAA